GCUCUAUACACAGUAUCUCAUCGAAUUCCAUUUCAAAAGGAAAAAAAAAUAUUGUCACACACCCAAACAAGGCAAUGGCUCUAGAAAAUGGAGACAAAGCAAAGGAUGAGUCGAGUCCGGUGGCAGCAGUGGCGGCGGCGAUGAUGAAGGAUUGGACCCUUUUCAUGCUUAGGUUAGCUUGCUUCUUGGCCACGGCUUCCGCAACCAUUGUGAUGGCACUUAACAAAGAAAAAAAGACUUUGGUUGUUGCCACCAUUGGGACCAGCCCAGUUACAGCCACUCUUACUGCCAAGUUCCAAUACGACCCAGCAUUUGUGUUCUUUGUGGUAGCCAACGGAUUAGCUAGUCUGCAUAACUUGUUGAUGAUAGCUCUUGACAUUUUCAAGCACAAACUCAGCGACAAGGGUCUCUGCCUUGUCAUUAUUCCAAUUUUCGAUAUGUUGAUAGUGGCAUUAGCAGCCGCGGGAGACGGUGCAGCUACCUUCAUGGCAGAGUUAGGUAAAAACGGAAAUUCUCAUGCAAGGUGGAACAAAAUUUGUGACAAAUUUGGGACAUAUUGUGAGCGUGGAGAAGGUGCCCUCAUUGCUUCCUUCAUUGGCCUUAUUUUGUUGCUAGUUAUUACGGUCUUGUCCAUCCUCAAACUACAUGCCAAACCCAAACUUACAACUACACAUACUUCAUCAGUAAUUCCUUGAUUUUGUAUCAAUACUACAAAAUAUAUAUUUCAUUAAUAUUUAAUUGUUCUCAUUUAGAGAUGAUAUUAUGCCAUUUUUGUUUCUCUUUUUAUAUUCCUUUUUUUUUCCUAUAAAAUAUCAUUUUCUUUAUUUUUUUUUUCUUUCUCCUCUUUCUCCUCCAUGUGUGGUGUGCCUAACUUGUGUCUUUUGUUGUCUUCAAAUGUAUCGAAGUGAAAUUUGUAUAUGUACUUGUUUUUCUUUUUGAAUAAAUAAAAUGCUAAAGAAGGUGUGUACAAGA